AUGACUGGUCCCGGUCUUUCAGUUCUCGGGACGGAUAGAGAGAGGUGUCGUUGGGUACAUGUCGUUUCAACUCGGAAGCAUGAAAGGUGGGGUGUAUGCUCUACCUUGAUCGAGCGGCCGGUUUGUGUUUACUGCCUUGCCAUUGCAAAUGUACAUAAGAGGUGUUCACAACGACCAAAGGCAAAUUGUCGAGGGAUUCAACUCAACAAACCCACAAAUCCAACGAAGCAACAACAUCUGAAGAAAGUUCGCACCGACCCGGAGGCAAAGCUGAUCGAUUGCAACAAGCGCUCGAAGGAUUCCCGUAGCCAUAACCCUGCUCCCUCGAAUAUCGAGGUUCAGGCGGCUCCGUCUGGCGUGGAAGUGGAGGUUCAUCCAUAUGCAAAGAUAGCACUGGGUGCGUUAUCUCGUGCAGCCAAAAUUAUUCUAGCUCAAAGGGAUCGCGACAACGCGGUACACGAACUUCUCAAGAAGUUGGGUGAAGUUUAUAGCUUCACACAAGACGAGAUGCUUGGCAAAAUCUCGUCGAUGCACCCUGUCCUUGGAAAGAUUUCUCAGCAGACCCGUGAAUGUGCAGAUUUAUCAAAAAAUAUUCGGAUACCAAGAACUUUUAGACUUGGAAAAAACGUCUUCUCGGAAACGGAAGAUACGAUCAAAAAGUACAUUAAUGACUUGUUCGAUAGGCUCAUGCAAAACUUCCGGGACCACGUUACUCGCGACAUAGCCAUACAUGUCCUCCAUACGGAAGAAACACUGGAGCUCAGCGGCAUGACUUAUGCAGAGGACACGGGACUAGAUACCAGGAAACAAUGCCUUGAAGGGACGCGCACGGAAAUCCUUUCCCAGAUCACCGAAUGGGUCAACAGCACUGGGGACAACGUUCCAAACGUGCCGUGGCUAUCUGACCCCGCAGGCAAGGGCAAAUCGGCCAUUGUCCACACCAUCGCCAAGUCAUUCGAAAACAUGGGAGAGCUUGGUUCGUGUUACUCUUUUGACCGUCAGCGAGAAGCAGAUCGUCGCCAUGAAAAGGUAUUUUCCCCGAUCGUGCGCGACCUGGCUGACCGUGACCCGGAGAUGAGGCGGGCAUUAGCAGAUGCAGUUCAGGCCGCGAGUUCACUCAAGAAGACGCCAGGAUAUCAUCCAGCAGUGGCAGAAUCUUCUUAUCGAACCACUGGAAAAGUCAUCUGGGUCAACUGGGGAACCCAUCGUGAUCGUGAUCGAUGCACUGGACGAGAGCGGGUGGCGAGACUCUCCUGCCUCAGGCGAUGA